AUGAAAUCUGUAGCUUGUUUCGUGUUAUUGGCUAUUUUGGUUAUUAGUGUCGAAGAAUCACGGGGAUGUAUAUACGUUAAUGGAAAGUGUUUCAAAAAAUGUGAGGAGGGUACUGUAUCUUAUACUACUGGAUGUGGUUAUUUGAUAAAGGAGGCGACCUGCGAUGAACCAAAUCCCCAACCAGACACACGUGGACAUGUUUGUGACUUUUCUGCUUGCUACUGCGCUCCUCCAACUGUUAGGGACCCCGUCACCAAGAAAUGUGUCCCGCUUGAAGAAUGCUCCAAAAAGGAAUAA